AUGACUUGGUUCGGUCUUUUCGCUGGCAUCUUUACUGCCGGCGCCGGAAUUAUUAAUACUAUGUCCCAAACGGCAACUAAUGGAAAUUCUGCUUGGGGAACUCUACAGGCUCCAACCUUUCCGCCCUUCCUCACGGAUAAUCCCCUUCCUAAUGGAUAUCCCUGGGGUUCAUUGACUGCAGGUGGGAAUAACCCAUACACAUCAGCUCCUCAUACCGGAGUUGUUCGAUCCUACGAUUUUACUGUCACGAGAGGCACAAUUUCCCCUGAUGGCUAUUCCAAAGACGUCAUACUUGUCAAUGGGCAAUUUCCUGGACCCGCGAUUGAGGCAAAUUGGGGUGAUACUUUCGUGAUUACAGUACACAAUCAGAUUACUGGACCUGAGGAGGGAACAGCUUUCCAUUGGCAUGGAUUGUUACAAAAAGAAACUCAAUAUAUGGAUGGUGUCCCGGCUGUAACACAAUGCCCUAUCGCACCUGGAGCUUCGUUCACGUAUACUUUCAAAGCCGAUCUUUAUGGAAGUUCCUGGUACCAUUCGCAUUACUCUGCUCAAUAUGCUGGUGGACUUAUGGGACCUAUGAUUAUCCAUGGCCCUAAAAACGCACCGUAUGACAUUGAUCUUGGACCAGUCUUCUUAACAGAUUAUUAUCACAAGGAUUACUUCUCGAUAGUCAAAUCGGUUGUCGAGAGCAAUGGGGAUGCUAAACCAUUUUCAGACAACAAUCUCAUCAAUGGAAAGAUGAAUUUCGACUGUUCUACUAAAGCUGCAGGAGAUAAUACCGCAUGCUCUGAUAACGCUGGUAUCUCUCGUUUCAAGUUUACCACUGGAAAGACACACAGAUUGAGAUUAAUCAAUGCCGGUGCUGAAGGAAUUCAAAGAUUCAGUAUCGAUGGACACAAGAUGGUUGUUAUUGCCAAUGAUUUCGUACCAGUCAAACCGUAUACCACCAAUGUUGUCACUCUGGCAGUCGGUCAAAGAACCGAUGUUCUUGUCACCGCUAAUGUCGGAACAUCUGACUCUUCUUUCUGGAUGAGAUCAAAUAUUUCCACAACAUGUUCUUUGUCCAAUCAACCAAAUGCUCUUGCAGCAAUCUAUUACGACGGCGCCGACACAAACUCCACUCCAGCAAGUACAUCGUGGGAUAUUCCAGAUCUAGCAAUUUGCACAAACGAUGAUCUAGACACCACCGAACCCUAUUAUACCCUCGCAGCAGAAACACCCUCCACAACCCAAAACCUCGAUAUUGGCUCCUACGUUAAUGAUACUGGUACUUUCCUCUGGACCCUCGGUGGAACAUCCUUCCGUGCAAACUACAACAACCCUAUUCUCUCACUCGCCAAUGAAGGCAAUUUAACCUACCCCGAUGAAUGGAACGUUCGAAAUUUCGGCAGCAACACUACCAUUCGCAUUGUGGUAAACAAUCCUACUCCGGCAUCGCACCCUAUGCAUUUGCACGGACACAACAUGCAAAUUCUCCACGAAGGUGACGGAGACUGGGAUGGUGUCACCGUUACGCGACAAGCGAAUCCUCAAAGACGAGACGUGCAACUUGUGCGAGCAAAUGGUCACUUGGUAUGGCAAAUCACCACCGACAACCCGGGCGUCUGGCCUUUCCAUUGCCACAUCGCGUGGCAUGUUAGCGGAGGCUUGUAUGCCAACAUCUUGGAGCGACCAGACGAUAUCAAGAAUGAUGCCAUUGCCACUUCGGCGCUGCAGACCUGCACACAGUGGAAUGCAUAUUCCAGUACCGCUGUUGUGGAUGAGAUUGAUUCGGGACUUUAA